AUGCGUGGCACUGGAGCAGAGCUGCGGAGAGAAGAUGAGAAAAUGAAAAUGGCAAGUGUAAGUUUGAGACAGUCACACAUACCACAGUUGUCGGAAAAUGAGAGGAAGAAAUGGAACUUACUCUUCGCAGUAAUUUUCAAUCCGAUUUCUCCUCAUUUCAUUUCUAAUGCGGCUGCUGACAAUUCUGAAUCUAAAAGAGGGGAAAUGCAGCAGGAGAGACCACGGAUUUUGCAUUAUGACGAGUCUUGGAAGCCGUGUCUAAAAGAUAUUCACCCAGUUUAUUUGGUGGUUUAUCGAUUGACAGCAUUCUGUCUGCUUUUAGUUGCCCUCAGUUUUGAUGUUGCCGCUCAUGGUGGUGAAUUAUUUUUAUACUAUACGCAGUGGGCUUUUACUUUAGUCACCAUCUAUUUUGGGUUUGGUUUGUUGCUUUCUAUCAACGGAUGUUUACAGCAUCACAAAGCAAAUAGAUCCAGCGACUACCUUGUAUCAGAGGAGGUGGAGCAAGGGUUAUAUGUGCCUCUUGCCCGUGGAGUAAAUGAAACUGGAGUCAAAUCACCAAAUAGAUUGGAAUGUCCAGGAGAACAACAUUGUUCGCGAACUGCUAGCUUGUGCGGAUACCUGUUUCAAAUUUUAUUCCAGAUGACUGCAGGCGCGGUAUCUAUUACUGAUACUCUUUAUUGGACUCUAAUAUUCCCCUUUCUUCACAUCAAAGAUUAUGAACUGAAUUUUUUGACGGUUGUAGCUCAUUCACUCAAUGCGAUCUUACUCCUUGGGGAUACAGCUUUCAACAGCUUGGGGUUCCCUUGGUACCGGAUCUCUUUCUUCGUUUGGUUGACGUCUAUUUAUGUCAUCUUCCAAUGGAUUAUUCAUGCAUGUGUAUCAAUUUGGUGGCCGUACCCAAUCCUUGACUUGUCAUUUAAAUAUGCUCCUUUAUGGUAUUUGGUGGUGGCACUGAUGCAUAUCCCAUGUUACGCUAUCUUUGUAUUACUGGUGAAGAUAAAACAUUUGGUAUUGUCCAAAUGGUUCCCUCAGUCAUAUCAGUUUUGCCCUUAA